CUACUCCCCCCGAGCCACAGGGAGUACCAUCGAGCUUAUACUGUGCCUCGAGCCAGCAGGCAUUAUGCCUAAUUCAUAGGAGGCACUUGGGCGGCGUAUGUAGUGUGUGCACGAUUGAUGAUCACGUUGAAUCAUCGGAAGUAAUUGACAAUCAGAAUUCUUUGAAGGCACGAGAUAAAGCAUUAUGUGCGCGAAAAUGGCUUUUCAGCAUCAGGCUGGUACUGCUAUGGAAUGUUUAAGCAUACCUAUCACUUUACACAAGGAAACAGAAGUUGAUGAAAAUGGUGGGGAAGUAACAAAAUGUGGUUUUAAAAUUGCUGGUGGAAUUGAUCAAGAUUUUAGGAGAAGCCCGCAAGGCUAUACAGAUAACGGUAUAUAUAUAACAGAAGUACACGAAGGAUCAGCAGCAGCAAAGAGCGGUCUCCGUAUGCAUGAUAAAAUUUUACAAUGCAACGGAUAUGACUUUACAAUGGUAACUCAUAAAAAGGCAGUAGCGUAUAUUAUGAAACAUCCAGUAUUAAAUCUAUUAGUAGCCCGCAAAGGAGUAACCAGUACUUAACACGUUAAACGCCAAGCCUAUUUUGCUUGGCGUUCCGUUCACGCCGCACUCUGCCGUCAAGUUGAGAAGGCCAUGUGUGAUGCGCGAGCUAACAACAUAAGAUAAAGAAACGAAAAACGAGGCUGAACAAUGCCGAACAAUGCUAAACAAUGCACGCGCGGCGGUGUCGCAUAAUCCUGAAGUCCACGGCCCAAGUCAACCCUAAAGGACGCGGCGUAAACGGAAAGUCUAAGGUGAUGCUUAACGUGUUAAUUACCAAAUGAGUUGUCUAUUUGGUCUAAGGAAAAGUAUUUAUUUCAUUCUAUAUGUUAAGAAAGUCAAUUUAUUCUAACUAUAUGUCUACCAAAUAUUGUAUUAGAUUAUCAUCAAUAGUAAAGUAUUUUUCAGUUAAUUUUACACGCGCAAGGAAAUAAAAUUUUGAUGAUUUUAUUUUAUGAAGUAUGUCAGCAACGGGUGUUAAAAAUUUCAGUUGAAAUAGAGACACAAUGUUAACUCGUACAUUUACUUUGCAAACAUAGUGUCUAUUUCUGAUCGCAGUAGAAAUAGAGUAUUAAAACAGUAAAUUAAUAUAUACGUGUAUAAAAGCCCUGUUACGGUUCAUUAUUGUUAAUAAGGAUAAUGUAUGUAAGUGUUUUUUUAAUAAUUCGUGAUAACUAAUAACUCAGAUAACCAUGUAUGAUUGUGCUUAAAAAACAUGCAAAUUCUAUAACGUCUGUUGUAUAUCAAAAUUUUCAUCAAUAUUACUUGUGCCAAACGCUACAUAGAAUCUAUAUGAAUAUUUCUCAUCAUUAUGUAUGUAUUUACAUACAAAAAAAACGAGUUCCAUAAGCAAAUGAAAAACUUAGAAGUAUUUCUUAAUUGAUUCGAAUUAAAGAAAUAAUUAUAUGGAUAAAAGUCAGGAUAUUUUAAUUCUUCAAGUAUUUCUGUAUUGUAAAAUAUAAUGAAAAUGCAAAUGGAAGUUACACUAGUUUAGAUACACGACAUACUUUUUACAAAAUUUUCUAUCGCUAAUAUAUCAGCAUGCUAUUAUAAAUAUUUGUACGAAACAAUUAUACAAUAAACAUUGUUUCAAUACUUUUAAUAAGUAAACAUAAUUUACACAAAUAAGUAUUGAGAUACAUUGAACUACUGCAUUUAAGGGCAUUUUGAGAAGUUUUAUUAAAGUGAAAUGAAAAUCAUUGAGACUGUACACUUUAAGACCAACAGAAGUAUUAAAUUUUGUAUUUUAUAACUUUUUACUUUAUCCAGUGCAUUUGUACAAGUUCUAAUGAAUAAGAAAAACAAAUUUGUAUUUCCUGUAACAUGUAUGACUUUCUUUUAUAUCCUGAAAUGUCUAACAUAAUCAUAA